AUGGGAGUCUGUUCUUCUUGCCUAGGGAGAGGAAAUCCGAAGGACGCUUUCGACGAGGAUGAAGAGUCGCGACUCCUCGAUGAUCCGAACGGCAUACACUACAACAGUUUUGGCGAGCCCGGGAUAAACGGCCAGGAUAAUAACCCUGUUGAGGUUCAGCGCGAGAACGAGGCUCUGCAGAGGGUCGUGGCCAAAACCUCCGACAACAUGGUCGACAUCUUCGAGAUCGCCCCGCAGCAUCAACCGGCACGACCAAACCCCGGCCCUUUCGCCUACGCCGGACAGGAAGCGCGCAUCGUCCGCUAUCAGCACCUGCUGUCCCGCCUAGCCUCAAAACACGACGAUCUGGGCCGGGGCAUCUCAGUCCAAGGUCAAGGCCCGCCGGGCAUCCAGGUCGACUGGUUUCCCGAAGAGGAGGCAGUUGAGGUGCAGCAGGGGAAGGCCCCGUCUGUCAAAUCCGAUUCAGACGAGCCUCUUGUUGGCACCUUUGCGGAUGCCGCUGCGGCAAUGUCGUGA